AUGGAGUUGCCAGACUAUCCUAUUUAUUGUCAUUGGGGAGGGGAAAUUUUGCAAAGUAGCGGUGAUGUUACAUAUAAAGGAGGAGAGCGAAAAUUUGGGUUUGUCAAUUGUCAAAUGAGUUAUGAUGAGGUUUUGAGUAAGGUUUAUGAUCUUAUGAGAUGUGACUCGAGAUAUGUGGAGUUGAAGCUACUAAUGAGGUAUCCAAUGAUGUCCGGUUCAUAUGAAGCCAUUCCGUUGGAUGAUGACAAUUCUUUAAAAGCAAUGUUGAUUGCUAUGUCUCAAACACAAUCAACCACAAUGCAAUUGUUCAUCGAGCAACUUCCAAAGCAACCUGAAACUCAAUCCCACUUGGAAUCCUUUCAUGAAAUGGAUUCAUGGGCGAGUCCAUUUCCCUACUUGCCCUUGACAAAUCAAAGUGGGUUAACGGGUUCAUUCACAAGAAUGCUUACGGAUGAACAAUAUGCUAGUGAACACAUUUUAGAGCUCACUUCUCCAACUCAAACACCACAUGUAGAAGCUACAAAUGGUGAUCCAUCUAUGAUACUUUUCGAUUCUCUAGAUCAAAUAUGUGUUGAUUUUUUUGGAGAUGAAGAGGUUGGGGUGGAUAGUGAUGUUGAUGAAGAUGAAGAUACACAAGAUGCUAAUGACAAAGCUAUAAGAGAAAGCGCUCCAUCUCAAAUUUUCAACAAUGUUGCAGAGUUGGAUCCGAUUUUGCUUGAUUCUUGGAGGACUUGGUCCAACAACCACUCUUUCGAUGGUGAAUUUGCUAUUGGGCAAGAGUUUGAUUCUUCGGCGCAAUUGAAAGACAUAGUCAAAGGUUAUUCCAUAGCUAAAAAUCAUUCAUUUAAGGUGUUGGAGAGUGAGCCCACAAAAUACGUAGUUGAGUGUAAAAGAAAGAGUUCAUGCAAAUGCUCAUGGAGGUUACGUGCAAUCAAGGAUCCUUGUCUUGCUUCAUUCAGAAUUGUGAGGUAUAAUGGCCCCCAUGCAAGUAAUUGUUUGGGUGACAUAAACUCAAUCGAUCAUCCUCUUCUCUCCUCUGAUUUUGUAUGCAAUGAGAUAAAAGAUCUUAUUCGUGCCGAUCCUUCUUUGAAAAUCCGUGUUAUUGUGCAAGCGGUGAAAGUUAAGUUUAAGUAUACCAUCACUUACAAGAGAGCUUGGUCAGCGAAACAAAAGGCUAUUGCAAGCAUUUUUGGUGAUUGGGAGCAAUCUUACGAAGAGUUGCCUAGGUACAUGCAAGCAUUGAAAGAAUCUAAUCCAGGAACCGUCGUGGAAUGGUGUACCUUGGCUUCUAAUGAAGAUCCUUCUGUUCACAUUUUUUUUAGAGUGUUUUGGGCAUUCAAGCCUUCCAUCGAUGGUUUUAAGCACUGUCGACCCCUAAUCACCAUAGAUGGAACUGGGGUGUGGUCAGCUUUAGUCGAGGAGUUGUUAGGGAUACGACCAGAGCCUGGUGAUGAUGGAAAACCUGUUCUCCAGGGUUCAUCAUUGAGGAUGACUUGGUUGAGGCGACACUUCAGUCAGGGCCCCCCUGAUGACGCUGCUGAUAUUGUUUAUGAGAGGUUUAGCCGAGCAUAUAUUCUUGCACUUAUGGGGUCCAUUUUGUUUGCUGAUAAGAGCGGUGAUGCCGUGCAGCUCGUCUACUUGCCAUUGAUACGCGACUUGCGUAGAGCUGGGACAUACAGCUGGGGGAGUGCGACCCUUGCUUAUUUGUAUCGACAGAUGUGUCGAGCCGCUCGUAGACGAUCCCGUGACAUUGGUGGUCCACUUAUACUUCUGCAGUUAUGGUCAUGGGAGCAUAUUCACAUUGGUCGUCCGAGGAUUUCGAGAGUUCGCGAUGCUCCACCUCCUGACCCAGAGCAUCCUAUUGAGGUCGACGAUCCAUCUAUUCUUGGUACUCAGCAUCAGCGUGGAGUGGACCCCUUAGCAUGCAGUUGGCUUAGGGUUCACUUUUCAUGUGGCCAUACAGCUAGUGGACUCUCUUUCUUUAGGGAUGCACUUGACCAUCAAAAGGAGACACAGAUGACUUGGCAGCCAUAUUCAGAGACGGUACUUGGUUUACUACCCGAGAUUUGUAGAUGUGAUAGAGAUAUAUGGCGCUCAGUUGUACCGUUGAUUUGCUUUGACAUUGUUGAGUACCACUACCCAAAUCGAGUGAUGCGUCAGUUUGGAUUGGAACAGUCAGUUCCCGUUGCGUGUGACACGAGUGUUGAUCUUCAUAAUGUGGAUCGACGGCAUAAAAACAAGAAGUUUGAAGAGAUGCAUCGCAAAUAUGUGGAGGAGUGGCGUGAUCGUGAGAGUCAGAUUGUUCAAGGCACUCCUUUUGCCGGUCAUCGUGAGAGGAUGAAGGAGUAUAUGGAUUGGUAUUGUAGCAUCACGAGACUCCUCAUUACUCCUGUUACACGAUCACCCCCCACCACUCAUUAUCAGCCGUCUUCCUCUGAUAUUAUUUUGUCACAUGCAUUGGCUGAUCUUGCCUCAAGAUGCACUCGAGCUGUGGAUUCUGCGUUGGAGUUACCUCCCAGUUUGGCCCUUCCUCUCACUCUUGAUACGUUACGCAAUUUGAGUUCCUCUUGCAUUGAGACCUUAUCAAGAGUGGGGCAAGAACAUAUCCUCCAACAAUAUGAUUUAGCCUCGUCUCAGUGUACACCCGACACCUCCACCUCACAUGUUUCUCGAGGGCGUGGUUUUCGACCACCACGUGCACGUCCUCCACCACUUACUCCUCCUCUACGCCCUCUAGCACUUACUUCUCCACACCCUCCACCACCACCUUCUCCACGCCCUCCACCACCACCUUCUCCACGCCCUCCACCUCUUACUCCUCCUGCAUCUCCGCCAGCAUCACAAGUUAUUUCAUCUCCUCCUUUGCAGCUUCUCACUUACCGGCGACAAAAGGGUUGCUCUCCUAGUCAACGUCCCGAGCCAAUUGCCGAGGAGGAUGAGUCCUCAUUUUCAUCGUCCGAGCAUUCAAAGAAACAACGUAGAACUUAGAUUUGAGCUACAUUAGAAAUUUUGUGUAAUCUUUUGUUCUUUUUGCUAGUAUUGGAACUUUUAGAACUUUUAGAAACUCAUGUGUCAUUAUUGGAACGAUUGAACUUUUGGAAAUUUUUUGUUUGCACUCUUC